AUGACGCCAUGUUAUGCGCUCCAUAAUGCCGUGGCAGGUCGUGCUCCGAUGCUAAACCCCGUGGAUGUCCCCUGUGGAAUUACCAAUGCCACGCAUCCCUAUGUGACCUGCUGCGUGAGAGGAGACUACUGCAUGAGUCAUGGCAUCUGCCACUACAUCAACCCCCAAGGGCAGAAUGGCUAUUAUGCAGCCGAUUGCACCGAUCCGAAAAUGCAGGAUCCAGCGUGCAUGACCCGAUGCGGCGGCAACCUCCUAUCAGACCUCACCUAUGAUGCGACGAGCGGGCUAUGGGCCUGCUGCAGCUACAAGAGCGACGGGACCAAAGAUUGCGAGAACCACACCCAGGAGCUCUUCCCAGCUCCUGCCCCAAGCGACCUCGUCACCCUAUUGCAUAUCCCCACGAUAGGAACACCAACGUAUGCGACGUCGGUCGCGGCGACAUCGAUAGCCAGUUCCUCGAGCGAAGCGUCCGAUUCAAGGGGUCGCCAUCGCAGUAUCGAUGCUGGGGCUGCGGCUGGAAUAGGCGUCGGGGUUGCAGCUGCGAUGAUCCUCAUUGCAAUGUCCAUCGCGUUCCUCAUACUCCGGCGGCGAGUAUCUUCCCUGUCCAGGGCUCCCCGACCAGGUUCCUUUUCUUCCACUACUCCAGCCAUGGCACAGGUAGGACCCGAUCGUACGCUCACUACAUAUUAG